AGCGAGAGACGGAGAUGGCAGCGGGCCGACGUGAGGGCGACUGUGUGGGGCGUGUGUGAAAUCUGUCGGCGGAAGGAGGCGAGGAAGGCCGCGGAGCUGGAGAAAUCGAGAGCAAGCGCGCGGACAAGGCGAGGCGGGGAAGGACAGGACGGGAACGGCGCCUGAGAUCAUCGCAGGCAGAAGGAGAGCGACUGCUGAGUGGAGAUUCUCCGCUGGCCUCCGGGCCUGAGUGGCGGCUCGGUAUUGGCGCAGUGAGGGAGGCAGAGGGAAGCGGCGCCGGCGGGCGCUUCAAACAAGUGAUCCAAUAGAUAUUACUCCACGGACUGGCACCGACAGAGGGAGGAGGCAGGGAGCUGUGAAAAAAUAACCGUAACCCCAGUAGCAACAACAGCAAAGGCCCAGGAUCCCCGAACUGCCUUCCUCAGGAUGAACUCGGUCCGGGCAGCCAGCAGGCGACCGAGGCGAAUAUCGAGGCCGCGCCCCGUGCAGGAGAGAAACAACGCAGCGGAUGAGGAUGUCCCUGCAGACAUGAUUGUGGAAGAAUCAGGACCUGGUCCACAAAACAGCCCAUACCAGCUACGGAGGAAGUCUCUAUUGUCUAAAAGACAAUAUCCUACAAAAAAUAAUAUGGAGGGUGCUUCCACAUCAACCUCAGACAAUUUUGGUCAUAGAGCAAAACGUGCAAGAGUCUCGGGAAAGUUGCAGGAUCUUCCAGCAUCGCCAGCAGAACAAUACCUUCAAGUAAAAUUACCAGAUGAAGUGGUAAUGAAGAUCUUCUCAUACCUUCUUGAACAGGACCUUUGUAGAGCAGCUUGUGUGUGUAAACGCUUUAGUGAACUAGCUAAUGAUCCAAUUUUGUGGAAACGGUUAUAUAUGGAGGUGUUUGAAUACAGCCGACCAAUGAUGCAUCCAGAGCCAGGCAAAUUUUAUCAAAUUAAUCCUGAAGAAUGUGAACAUCCAAAUCCAUGGAAAGAGAGCUUUCAGCAAUUGUACAAAGGUGCUCAUGUAAAGCCUGGAUUUGCAGAACACUUCUACAGUAGCCCUGCAAGAUAUAAAGGAAGAGAAAAUAUGUUGUAUUAUGAUACAAUUGAAGAUGCCUUGGGAGGUGUUCAGGAAGCACACUUUGACGGCCUUAUCUUUGUACACUCUGGUACAUACACUGAUGAAUGGAUCUAUAUCGAAUCCCCUAUAACUAUGAUUGGUGCAGCACCAGGCAAAGUUGCUGAUAAAGUCAUCAUUGAAAACACGAGGGAUUCUACCUUUGUAUUUAUGGAAGGUUCCGAGGAUGCUUAUGUUGGAUAUAUGACAAUUCGGUUUAAUCCUGAUGAUAAAUCAGCACAGCACCAUAAUGCACACCACUGUUUGGAGAUCACGGUGAAUUGUAGUCCAAUAAUAGAUCACUGCAUAAUUCGCAGUACUUGUACAGUUGGCUCUGCUGUGUGUGUCAGUGGCCAGGGAGCAUCUCCAACAAUCAAGCACUGCAAUAUUAGUGACUGUGAAAAUGUUGGGUUGUAUAUAACAGAUCAUGCACAGGGAAUUUAUGAGGACAAUGAAAUUUCAAACAAUGCUCUUGCUGGAAUCUGGGUAAAAAACCAUGGGAAUCCUAUCAUCAGGAGAAACCAAAUUCACCAUGGGCGUGAUGUUGGGGUCUUCACAUUUGAUCAUGGCAUGGGUUACUUUGAAAGCUGUAAUAUUCAUCGUAAUCGAAUAGCUGGUUUUGAGGUGAAAGCCUAUGCCAACCCCACAGUAGUUAAAUGUGAAAUUCAUCAUGGCCAAACGGGUGGAAUUUAUGUACAUGAGAAAGGUCGAGGCCAGUUCUUAGAAAACAAAAUCUAUGCAAACAAUUUUGCUGGUGUGUGGAUUACAUCAAACAGUGAUCCAACAAUUAGGGGAAAUGCUAUUUUUAAUGGAAAUCAGGGCGGGGUUUACAUCUUUGGAGAUGGUAGGGGCCUUAUAGAGGCAAAUGACAUUUAUGGAAAUGCAUUAGCCGGAAUUCAGAUUCGAACAAAUAGUUGUCCAAUUGUCCGUCAAAAUAAAAUUCAUGAUGGCCAGCAUGGAGGUAUUUAUGUGCACGAGAAAGGGCAAGGUGUAAUUGAAGAAAAUGAAGUGUACAGUAAUACCCUGGCAGGUGUGUGGGUAACAACAGGAAGUACACCGGUGCUACGGCGGAACAGAAUACAUAGUGGCAAACAGGUGGGUGUUUACUUCUAUGACAAUGGCCAUGGAGUGCUUGAAGAUAAUGAUAUCUACAACCAUAUGUACUCAGGGGUUCAGAUCAGAACUGGAAGCAACCCUAAGAUUCGGCGCAACAAAAUAUGGGGAGGACAGAAUGGCGGCAUUCUUGUGUAUAAUUCUGGUCUUGGGUUUAUAGAAGAUAAUGAAAUAUUUGACAAUGCAAUGGCCGGUGUUUGGAUUAAAACAGACAGUAAUCCCACACUCAGACGGAACAAAAUCCAUGAUGGCCGAGACGGGGGUAUCUGCAUAUUUAACGGAGGCAGGGGACUACUUGAAGAAAAUGAUAUUUUCAGAAAUGCUCAAGCUGGUGUUCUUAUUAGCACAAAUAGCCAUCCUGUGUUGCGAAAGAACAGGAUAUUCGAUGGAUUUGCAGCAGGUAUUGAAAUAACAAAUCAUGCUACGGCUACUUUAGAAAACAAUCAGAUUUUUAAUAACCGGUUUGGAGGGUUGUUUCUGGCAUCUGGUGUAAAUGUUUCAAUGAAAGACAACAAAAUUAUGAAUAAUCAAGAUGCCAUUGAGAAGGCUGUUAACAGAGGCCAAUGUUUGUAUAAGAUAUCCAGUUACACCAGCUACCCCAUGCACGAUUUUUACAGGUGUCACACCUGCAAUACAACGGACCGAAAUGCAAUCUGUGUAAACUGCAUUAAAAAGUGCCAUCAAGGACAUGAUGUGGAAUUUAUUAGACAUGAUAGAUUUUUCUGUGAUUGUGGUGCUGGAACGCUUUCAAAUCCUUGCACAUUAGCUGGAGAACCUACGCAUGAUACAGACACUUUGUAUGAUUCUGCCCCACCAAUAGAAUCCAAUACAUUGCAACACAAUUGAGUUUGUUUAUCCU